UUUUUUUUUCUUAUUGUUUUAAUAUCUGUCUUGUCUGUUACUAUAGUCUUUAGCUUUCCUGGAAAUUGGCCAGUACUCUAUGUGUGAGUCUGUGCACACUCACAUUGGUGUGUGUGAAAAAGAGAAUGAAAUUUGAAGAAGAAAAAACAUCUGCAGAAAAUUAUACUGAAGUGGUUAGUUUAUUACUUAUGGAUAUUUGAGAUUUUACAACUGAACACUUAGAAAAUUUAUCAAAUAUUUGCUUUUAUAGCUGGCUUUGACUUUUCUGUAGCCAGUUCACAGAUUGUAAAAGAAGAGCUUUUUAGAAUUUAAAAACUUAAGUUGGUAUGAAAAAUAUUUUAACUGUAUAUGUAAGCAUAUACUCGAGAACAGAGUUAAGAAUUUUCCAAGUAAAGCUUAAUGUAUAUUCAGUCAAAUUGGGGUUGUGAUAUUUUAUAUUCACUUGAAAAAUACGCAGUUUAUUCUUUCAAAUAUCCUUUCUAUUGUUAUGAGACUAUUGUUUCAUAUUCAGUGUAAUUUUUGUUAUACACCUGGAACUUUUUUCUUUGAUUGGCUUUUAUUGGGGAGGGUAACUGGAAAGCAAUUUUUAAAGCCUCCAUCAGGGAGUGAUGUCAGAGAUGGGAGCGAAGCCCAAAGCCUUAUAGUUACUUGUAAAAUUUUACAUCUUGCCUUGCUUUAAGAGCUAAUUAUUAUUAAAAAAAUUUAUGUUUUUCCAGAGACAUUCAUAUAUAAUUGGCUGUUGAUUUUGACAGUUUUAAUGUUCAAUUAACUUAGAGUACUGACUGGCUUAUAUACAUACAUUUUAAUUUUUUUUUUUUUUUUUGCUAGAUGAUAGUAACUAUUUUAUAGCAUAAAAGUAUGCUAGAAAAAAUUUAAUGGGCUUUUUAUAUGUAAUUUUAAAAACUUGUAGUUGCUAGAUUUACAUUAAAAUCAUUAGUUCAUCUGGAGUUUGCUGCACUUUGGGAGUUUUAUGCUUGUUUCAGAAUGCCUGUUUUGGAAUGUUAAGAGCAUUAUAAAAUAAAGCUCCUCCUAGAAUGGUAAUUUUGAAAUCCCAGAACAGGAAGUUCUGGUUUCUUUUUUCUCCCUCAGAUAAAUUCAACAGCAUAUUUCUUGUGUUUAAGGGUUAGAGUAGAUAGGGAAGAUAAGCAUGGGGAAAAGUAAAUUAUUUGCCAAUAUAUCCUGGUCUUCAGAGUCCAGUAAAGUGAGAGAGGGAGACGUUUUUCAUUCUACAAAGUUCCAUGCUGUGAAAAUGCACAGGAAACAAAUCUUAAACUAGAAGUAGCAGAAAAGUAUAUAGCAUAGGCUUUUAUCAUUCCUGAUUUUGAAGGAAGAACUUUAAAUCAUUGUUGGAGCCUUGCUGUAAUCCCAUACGAUCAGAGAGAGUGAUUUGUAAGAAACUUUCAAGGUUAUGGAAUAUGGGAGUUUUUAUUUGUUUGUUUUGCUUGCUUGAUUAAGACAGUCAGCUAUAACUUUAAGCAUUUUUAAUAUUACCAUUUUGCAAGAAAACUUUACCAUUUUUGGACAUGCAAAUCUAAAAAUUUACUGCAGUUUUUAAUCUGUACCUUAAUAAAAUAUCUUAAGGUACCUUAAUAAGAUACACAUUUUUUAAUUAGGUCUUUCAAAUAUAGCUGAUGACUUUUACAGCUGCUAAGUCUGAUUAUGCACUUCCAGCAAAGAAGUAAUGCAUUGUUACAUUAAACAAAUAGAAAAGAGAGCAGAGUGAGAGAAGCAGAUGAAGGCAGUCUGCAGUGGAGGAAGCUCUGACAGAGGUGCACGGGCUGUGUGUGCCCUGGACAGUUGACUUGCUGCAUGCUUCAGCCCCAUAGAAGCAGCACUUUGGUGUAAACGAGAAAGGCCAUAGAAAACAUUUUACCAAAGUUUGCAAUUUCUUUCAGUUUGCUGGCUUUUAGUUCAGACAGUAAUGUGAGAAGAGAGUGGAAAAGUGGUAUUUGUACCCAUUUAGCUGGGACUACUGUUAAUAAAAUGUGCCGUUUUGAAUAAAAUAUACCUUCAUUAUACUUGUCUAAAUAUGACCUUCUUGUUGUUACGUGCAUUUCAGAUUUCUUUUUAUAAAUGUUAACAUUUAGAAAAAGUAAGAUCAACGUACAGGUGUGAGCCUAAUCAUCAGUCAUAACUUUAUGUCCACAUUUUCUGGUAGAUGGAUUUUGACUAUUAAUUUGGUUUUGUAUGUUUUCUCUAUGUGAUAUUUGUGCAUUAUUAGAUGACUAGACUGGCCAAGGCAGACCUGUUACACUUGCCUGAGUUAGGCAUUGUUUGCCAUGCCACUAAACCUGCCGCCAAGUGAAACCUUCAUUGGGGAAAUGAGAUCGGAGUCUGAACCGCAGAAGAUGGACGCCCUGUCUCUGUUUUUAUUGUUUUGCUUUAAUUUCAUUUCUUUUUCUUUUGUCCCUUUUUUUUGUUUUAUUUUGUUUUUUGUUUUUUUAAAUCUUUCACUUUUAACUUAUAAGCUGGUUUUCCAGUUCUUUGUGAAUGGUAUUCCAUUAAGAGGUCGUAAUAUGUUGCAAAUUUAUGGGGAAUGAUUAACAGAGCUCAACCUUAAGAUGAACCAAACUGUCCUGCAGUAAGUUAGAGUGCAGUUCUGUGAAGAUGCUCAGGCCUUCUGGUUGGUCUAGUGGGUUACUGAGGUACAUUUUGAUCUUCAAACAUUAAAACACGAGAAUCUUAGGAACAUUUUCUGAUGGGCUCAGUGCUUACUUUUUCCCCAAGUCUACAAAUCUCAUAAAAACCAACUGAUGGCUUAUAAUUUUUGUCCUUCCCCCUAGAACUGUAGACAAUAUAAAACCAUCAAGGAAAAUAAGUGCAUUUCUUUUCCCAUCUGAAGUGACGCAGCCAACACGAACGGUUGUCAUGUGUAACACAACUUUCGAUCACCGCGAAAACAGCGUCCUGGGAAAGCGUCCAUGCUUGAUAUCGUUUGGUUCAUGAACAUUAAGUUUCCAGUACAGGUAAAAUCCCAGAAGAAGCCAAAGCCCUUUCUUUACUGGCUCCUGCUCCAACCAUGACAAGCCUGGUGCCUGGUGCAGGGCUGCUUCCCAUACCGACCUCCAGUCCUCUGACGGCAGUGAGUAGCCUUGGUGUUUCACUUAGCAGUUUGGGAGCUAUACCAGCAGCAGCACUGGACCCAAAUAUUACAACACUUGGAGAGAUCCCACAGCCACCACUUAUGGGAAAUGUGGAUCCUUCUAAAAUUGAUGAGAUUAGGAGAACAGUUUAUGUUGGAAAUUUGAAUUCACAGACAACGACAGCUGAUCAACUACUUGAAUUUUUUAAACAAGUUGGAGAAGUGAAGUUUGUUCGGAUGGCAGGUGAUGAGACUCAGCCAACUCGGUUUGCUUUUGUGGAAUUUGCAGACCAAAAUUCUGUACCAAGGGCCCUUGCUUUUAAUGGAGUUAUGUUUGGAGACAGGCCACUGAAAAUAAAUCACUCCAACAAUGCAAUAGUAAAACCUCCUGAGAUGACACCUCAGGCUGCAGCUAAGGAGUUAGAAGAAGUAAUGAAGCGAGUACGGGAGGCUCAGUCAUUUAUCUCAGCAGCCAUUGAACCAGAGUCUGGAAAGAGCAAUGAAAGGAAAGGCGGUCGAUCUCGUUCCCACACUCGCUCAAAGUCCAGGUCUAGCUCAAAAUCCCAUUCUAGAAGGAAGAGAUCACAGUCAAAGCACAGGAGUAGAUCCCAUAAUAGGUCACGUUCAAGACAAAAAGAUAGACGUAGAUCCAAGAGCCCACACAAGAAACGCUCUAAGUCUAGGGAGAGGCGGAAGUCAAGGAGCCGGUCUCGAUCACGGGACAAGAGAAAAGAUACCCGAGAAAAGGUGAAGGAAAGAGUGAAGGACAAAGAGAGGGAAAAGGAGAGAGAGAGGGAAAAGGAGCGUGAAAAAGACAAGGAACGGGGUAAAAACAAAGAUAAAGACCGAGAGAAGGAAAAGGACCAUGAAAAGGAGCGGGACAAAGAGAAGGAGAAGGAACAAGAUAAAGACAAGGAGCGGGAAAAAGACAGAUCCAAAGAGACAGAUGAAAAACGGAAGAAGGAGAAGAAGUCCAGAACACCACCCCGAAGUUACAAUGCAUCACGACGAUCUCGUAGUACCAGCAGGGAAAGGCGGAGGAGGAGGAGCAGGAGUUCUUCCAGAUCGCCAAGAACAUCAAAGACCGUAAAAAGAAAGUCUUCUAGGUCUCCGUCCCCUAGGGGCCGAAAUAAGAAAGAUAAAAAGAGAGAAAAAGAACGGGACCACAUCAGUGACAGGAGAGAAAGAGAGCGUUCCACCUCCACAAAAAAGAGUUCUAGUGACCGAGACGGGAAGGAGAAGGUGGAGAAGACUAACACACCAGUUAAGGAGAAGGAACACAGUAAAGAGGCAGAUUUAACUGUGAGCAAAGAUACAGAUGAGAAAGGCUCUCCAAGGACUGAGGAAGAAAAUAAAGUACAGCACAAUGGGAAUUGCCAACCAAAUGAAGACAGCAUGUGCAGCAAGGCCAAUGCCGUGUAGGCCCACCUGCUCUGUCUCCUCCACGGUGGGAUCAAACCCAAAGCUUUCAGUUCAAAACAAGGUGUAAAUGGAAAAAGAAACCCAUAUGUGGUAACUAAAGCUUUUCCAGCUAUGAGGUGACAUUGGGGACAUCUUGUUACUGAGCAUGGACAUCAUGAAAUACCAGAUGUUACCCAAACUGACUAUCUUCUGAAGUCUGCAUUUCCAUGGUGGCUGCCACGUUUGUCAUGUGGGUGCAUCAGUGUUUUCCAGAAAAGCAGAGAUCCAGAGUGGAACUACCCACGGAGAUGAGCAGUGGAGGCUCUUUAAAAAAAAAAAAAUGCUAGUUACUGAAUUUUGUAUUGUUUUACUUUUUUUAAAAAAAAAAUUUUCAAUAUAUACAGUUUGAUGAUGUGCUUGAAAUUUGUGCAAAUAUACAUACACUUGUGCAAAUUAUGUAAGAAGUUUUAAUAUUGACUUCACAGGGACUACAGUGAUUGUGGUAAAUCCUCACUAAUGGGUUUUCUUUUGCUCACUGUUUCGGACAUCAGUUUUUCUUUAAAACAGUUUUACAGAUUAACAUUGCUUAAAUAAGUGAUUAAAAACCAACUGACAAUGCAUGCUAUUGUUCUUCAGAAGAAGAGCAGCUGUGUUGAAUACUAAUAACGUAUUCAGUGUUUAGAGUCAUUGGGUCUGCCAUAAAAUGAGCAUUUCUUCUUAAACUUCCUUAACAUUUCCAAGCUCAUGAAUAAUAUCACAGUGUGUCUCGUCAGCUGUAGGUGGCAGAGAUGUCCUUAGAGAAAGGAAACUGAGUUUUCAAACUGGGCUAUUGGAGCACAAGCUGAAGCUUUAGUGCCUUCUACAAUGUGUGGUGUACUGUUUGCUAGGGUUUUUAUGUGCUAGUCGUUCUUAAUUCAUACAGAAUCCAGAUGGCUGUAUUCUAGUCACACCCAUGGGAAGUGCUCAAGUGGUGUGUCAGAAGCACUUCUUAAUUCAGAUAAGAAAAGGAAGUCCUGUUUACAAGAUAUGUGGCGGUUCAAACAACAAUGUAGUUUGGGGACCACCAGUUUUAUACUGUGAUGAUUAAACAGGAGACAUGCUCUUAUAUGAUCAGAGGAAACCUAUGAGUUGACUUCAUUGGAUGGCCUUAAUAUUACCUUGCAGUCAUUUUCUCCCAAUGAUGGAGAAUUAUACUUAAAGGAAGGACUAGGAACAUAUGGAGAGGUAAAUUUGCAUUUAAUGAUAUGCGUACUCUGAAGAGACAAGGUCAUCCAUCAGUCUUAGACUCAACUUUUUGCAGAAGGUAUGCAAGUAGUAAAACAACAUUUGUGUUCAUGUUUUCUCCAAAACUAUACAUUCUAGUUAAUGCACUAUUCAUUAUUGUUAUGUUUCCAAAACAAACAAAACUCCACUUUUAAUUUGCAAAAGGUUAUUUGAAAAUCAAGUGUAAUUAUUUUAGCAGAACCUAAUACAAUCAAAUUACUCAGUUGCCUUACCUCAUGAAGAGUUAUUUUCACAGAUUUAAAAAGCCAAGUAGCACUUUAGUUUCUUGGUUUCAGCUUGUCUUUUUUUUCACAUUAAUAUUGUGGAAACUAAAAUCUGAAGACUAGAAAGGCCCUUUCUGCAAAUCACAAAGCCUGGUUCGGUUAUGAAGCUGCUUAAUCAUCUUCAGGUGUUCAGAGUUACUGUGUGUAUGUGUGUGUUUUCUUUUUUGUCACUGUGUACAUUAAACUUUUGGAAAAUGCUUUACUAUGUAAAGUAUAGAUGGCCAUUUUAAUCAUUUAGCCACAUACGGUUGGCUAAUAAACAGCUUAUUCUGGUAUAGAAAUACUUGGACACCUGUGGAGAGAUGUGAAGGAGUGUCUCACUUCAAUCGCUGUCUUAUUUAUGAAAUGUAAGUAGACUAGAGCAAAUGUUGGAAUCGUUGUUAUUUUUUAGUACCAUUUCUCUAAUAAAGUUGAGUAUUUUAGCGGAAA